CGCCCGACGGAAACGUUAAAUAUUUUCCAAAGUCAGUCAUUGAUCCGGCCUCCAUCCCUCCCAUCGCCACCCUCUGCAGAAUCAGGGCAAUGUUCUUGGAGAGUUACCGUGGAUGAAGUAGACGCCAACAAGGAAUUAAAGAAAGCGAAUCCAUAAUCCAGCCUGGAGCCUGGUUUGCUGAGAAUUGUCCGGGAACUGACUGAACGACGCAAAUCGGAAGGGGAAGAUGGAACCACAGACACAGACCGGACCCCAGAUGGAGCCGGAAGUUGGUGAGUCCUUGGGAUCCCAGAAUGAACAGACAAGAAUGACGGAGGACAUUCCGAAACCAUUUAUUGACCGGAAAGAUCUUAGGCAAAAGCAGGCCAAGAAAUGCACAGUGAUCGGGGGCUCUGGGUUUCUGGGCCAGCAUAUGGUGGAGCAGCUCCUCGCCAGAGGCUACACAGUCAACGUCUUCGAUAUCCGACAAGGAUUCGAUAACCCCCAGGUGCAGUUCUUCCUGGGAGACCUCUGCAGCAAGAAGGACCUGUUCCCAGCCCUGCAAGGGGUGAACGUAGUUUUUCACUGUGCAUCUCCAGCCCCGUCCAGUGACAACAAGGAACUGUUUUACCGAGUGAACUGUACCGGAACCCAAACCGUCAUUAACGCUUGCAAAGAGGCUGGGGUUCAGAAACUUAUUUUAACAAGCAGCGCCAGUGUCGUCUUUGAAGGCACUGACAUCAGGAAUGGAACUGAAGACCUCCCUUACGCAAUGAAGCCCAUUGACUAUUACACUGAGACUAAAAUCUUGCAGGAGCGGGCAGUGCUGGCUGCUAAUGAACCAAGAAGUAAUUUCUUAACCACAGCAAUCCGGCCUCAUGGAAUAUUUGGUCCAAGGGAUCCCCAGCUGGUACCCAUACUUAUUGAUGCAGCGAAGAAAGGCAAAAUGAAGUUUGUGAUUGGGAAUGGAAAGAAUUUAGUGGAUUUCACCUUUGUGGAAAAUGUGGUCCAUGGACAUAUCCUGGCUGCGGAGCGCCUUUCCAGAGAUUCCGCCCUGUGUGGGAAGGCAUUUCACAUCACCAAUGAUGAACCGGUCCCGUUUUGGGUAUUCCUGUCCCGCAUUCUGACCGGCUUGAACUAUCAAGCCCCGAAAUACCACAUCCCCUAUUGGCUGGCGUACUAUCUGGCCUUCUUCCUCUCUCUGGUGGUGUUGAUGCUCAGCCCCAUCAUCCGAAUCAAGCCAACUUUCACCCCCAUGCGGGUCGCUCUUGCUGGCACCUCCCACUACUACAGCUGUGAGCGAGCCAAAAAGCUCAUGGGUUAUCGGCCUGUGGUCAACCUGGACCUCGCGGUGGAAAGGACCGUGCAGAGCUUUUACCAUCUACGCAAGGUCAAGUGAGGCACCUCGCCUUCGCCCCUCACACACACAGCCCCUGAGGAAAUGCUAAAUUCUCUCUCCACAUCAUCUCCUCAAAUGAAUUUCUAACACAUUGCUUGGUUAGGAUUCUCCUAGGCAAAACCAGUAUUCUCGAUGUGACCGGUGACUCUCAAAGUGGUUUUGGACAAGAAACGGUAUCUUCCGUUGAAGGUUGGUCACUGCUUGAGUUUGCUUUUGGAAUUACCCGGACGGCUUCAGAUUCUGUCCCCUGUAUUCAGCCACCUGCCAUUUUGUUGUCCUGUGGCUUUGGAGUUCCCUAUC